AUGAAUGGUGUUCCUAGUGAGGCAAUCAAGCUGAGACUGUUUCCUUUUUCCCUGAGAGAUCAUGCACAGCGUUGGUUGAAUUCCUUUCCAGCCAACCACUUCAUUACAUGGGAACAGCUCCACAAGGCUUUCAUGCAGGAGUAUUGCCCUCCGUCCAAGGCUGCCAAGUUAAAGAAGCAAAUUCAGAAUUUUCAGCAGUUUGGCAAUGAAGAUCUACCUGAGGCUUGGACGAGAUUUAAAGAAUUGAGGAGGCAGUGCCCGAAGAAUUUGAUGACCCCAGGGGAUGAUAUACCCAAGAGAGAGAAGGCAGCUGGGAUGUUCGAAGUUGGAGAGAAGAUGGCAAUGCAGGCUCAGCUGGAUACUAUACAACACAUGCUAAAGCAAUUAGUACAGAGCCCUACUCAGAGUGUCCAGGCAGUUGCUCAGCCUCCACUGAUUCCACAGAAUCCUUAUGUUCCUAACCCCUAUUCUGUGCCACAGGUACCUCUUGUAGCCUAUUGUGCAACUUGUGGUGGAAAUCAUGUAGCUCAGACAUGUCCUCUGUUAGACUUCGGUAACCAAAUUCCUCAGCCUAAUGUGGAGCAAGUUGAUCUCAUUGGUUAUUCUAGACCACAAGGCCAGGGGCAAGGUUAUGGGAACUACCAGCAGCAAGGAAGGAAUCAAGUUGUUCCCUCUUGGAACAAUCAGGGAAAUCAAGUGAGAAACAAUCCACCAGGAUUUCAUGGUAACCAAGGGAACAGGGGUGAGAACCAAGGCCAGUGGAGGAACAAUCAGAAUUUUGGGCAGAAUAACCAGAAUGUAACUCAAGGGCAAUUCCAGCAAGGAAAUCAGAAUUUUGGGAACACUCAGGGUCAAGGUUCUCCUAGACCACCUCAGGAUGUUGAUAUCCAGCUUCUCAUGAACACUAUGAUGGCUCAGCUUGGCAGGUUACAGGUAGAGAAUGUUCAGCAGUUUAGCAAGCUACAAGCAGAGAUAGAUGGUCUCAAGGCUCAGCAGCAAGGAGGAGGUAAUCAGUUUGCUAAUCAACCUUCAUCUUCAAAUGGUAGACUGCUAGCAAGCACAGAAAAUCCAAGGCACCAAGUGAAUGCAGUCACCACUAGAAGUGGAUUAGCUUUGAAGGACCCCCCUUUUCCUUCGAAUGAUCCAGUGCCUGAGAAAGCUGAUAAGAAGGAUGAGAGCAUUCAGGUUGAGGAUAUUCUUGAUGAUAGUGAGGAGGAGCCUGUGGUGCAAAGAGACAGUGUUAAGGGGAAAGCUCCUGAGCAUGAUGAGAGUGCCCCAAGUAAGAAGCAUGAAAGGAAGAACAAGAAGGUAGAUCACUCGGUUAUACCUUACAACCUGCUACCAUACCCACAGAGGUUGUGGAAAUCAAAGGAGUCUGAUAGAGAGAGCAAGUUCCACAAGAUGUUGGAUAAGCUGGAGAUCUCCAUGCCUUUUGUUGAAGCAAUCACUCAGAUUCCAUCGUACAAGAAGUUCCUGAAGAAUAUUUUGGGCAAUAAGAAAAAGCCAGAGAAGAGUGCGGUGGUGGAUCUGAGUAAAGGAGCCUUGACCUGUGCAGUUCUUCAACAUAAACUUCCUCCUAAGCUGAAAGAUCCAGGUAGUUUCUCCAUCCCUUGCAUCAUUGGUGGAUUUGUAGUUGGUGGUGCUCUGUGUGAUCUGGGUGCCAGUGUUAGUCUUAUGCCAUAUUCUUUAUGUAAGAGACUCAACCUGGGAACACCAAAGCCCACCUCUAUGACCCUACAGAUGGCGGAUCGCUCCAUAAAGCGUCCGGUGGGAGUUCUAGAGGAUGUCCCGGUCAUGAUUGAUCAGUAUUUUAUACCGGGGGAUUUUGUUGUACUGGAUAUAGAGGAGGAUGCCAAGGUUCCUAUUAUACUUGGUAGACCUUUUCUAGCUACUGCUGGUGCACUUAUUGAUGUGAGGAGAGGAAAACUAGUGAUGGAGGUGGCUGAGAACAAGAUUGAGAUUGACAUAUUCAAAAUGGCGAAACACCAGCCCUCGCAUGUUGAUGAAUGUUACUUGAUAGACGGGCUGGGUGAGGGCACUGCUGAGAGUAGAAAGAUUGAGUUAGGGGAUUUGCAUGACUCCCCUAUUGAUCCUGGACCCCCUGAACUGUCAAGUGUCCUAAAACAAAAGAAAAAGUUCUCUGGUUCUGGUGGUUUCUACAAAAGAUGGAUGAGGGAGCUGUCUAAGUUCAAAAGGCCACCGGAUCGCGUGGUCCACAAUCCCACCUGA